AUGGAGGCAAAUGGAAGCCACGACCAACAGAAACAAAGAAGAAUGGACACAUUCCAGGAUGUAUUCCAAAAGGUGGAGAAGAUCGGAGAGGGUACCUAUGGAGUAGUGUAUAAGGCCAGGAACAAGCAGACUGGCCAGUUAGUUGCUCUGAAGAAGAUCCGUCUAGAUUCAGAGACAGAGGGUGUUCCCAGUACAGCGAUUAGAGAAAUCUCUCUUCUAAAAGAAUUGAAACAUCCAAACAUAGUGAGACUUCUUGAUGUGGUACAUAGUCAGAAGAAGCUCUACCUGGUCUUUGAAUAUCUGAAUCAGGACCUUAAAAAGUACAUGGACUCACCCCGUACAGGGGAUUUACCCUUCAGUUUAAUCAAGAGCUAUCUUUAUCAGCUGCUACAAGGAGUGGGCUUCUGUCACUCCCACAGAGUUAUACACAGAGAUCUGAAGCCCCAGAAUUUGCUUAUAAAUGAAAUGGGGGCCAUCAAACUAGCAGAUUUUGGCUUAGCUAGAGCCUUUGGUGUUCCUUUACGUACUUACACUCAUGAGGUUGUAACCUUAUGGUAUCGUGCUCCUGAAAUCUUGCUGGGUUGUAAAUACUACUCUACAGCGGUGGAUAUCUGGAGCAUUGGCUGCAUAUUUGCAGAAAUGGUGACCAGAAGAGCCUUGUUUCCUGGGGAUUCCGAAAUUGACCAGCUCUUUCGAAUUUUCCGGACUCUUGGCACACCUACUGAAUCCGUGUGGCCAGGAGUGACUCAGCUUCCUGACUACAAAGGAAAUUUCCCCAAAUGGCCAAGGAAAGAUUUGAAGGCAGUAAUCUCCAACUUGGACCGAGAUGGACGAGACUUACUGGCACAACUACUACUAUACGAUCCCAACAGGCGCAUCUCAGCCAAAGCUGCUUUGACUCACCGGUAUUUCUGGCAGGCACCAUGAGAUGCCAGCCACAGAGUGGUAAAGAAAUAUAGCCCAGGAGAAGAAGCGGUUUUAAACUGGGCUUCUGCAGGAAGGGCCCUCUGGCGUAAACCCUUCCUAAUAAUUAAACAAGAUGUUAGAAUGACUACAGUGGAAUCUGGUUAAGAUGCUUUCAAUCUUUGGUGGGACUAAUAUUAUGUUAAUAUAAAUUUUGGCUCUUGUAAACUGCAUAACUUCUUAUAGCUGUUGUAUGUUCUUUCAAUGAGACACACAAGCUUGAGGCUAUCAGUUAUUGCCCUAGAGAAGAAGACUGAACCAACGUGAUUCUCAAAGAGCAAUCCCAUAUGGAGUUACUCCUGUCAAAAUCAACUGAAGUCAGUUGGGUUAGUCUGGCAUAACUCAUCAUAGAAUUGCACUGCUAGCCUUAAGACUACUUUCUGUUUGAGUAGCCAGAAUGGAGCAGAAGUUUGGCUGUGUUCUUCUUCAGCAACCACAUUUGUGAGCUGUUUAGAUAAAUCACAGAAAAGUUGGUUAAAGUAAUGUAGACUAUAUUGAUGCAGCCCGUAGAAGGUACAGUGAACAGGGUACUAUGUGUUGGGGUAUCACCACGAUUUCCUUGAGUCAUCAAGAAACGUAAUAUAAUAACCUGACUUUCUUUCAGCAUCUGUCAUUAUCAUAUCUUGUGUGGUACAUUAAAACUGCUUCCGCACUUAGGGAAGAUUUCCCCUCAAGAUAGAGCUAAUGUUCUCAAUGGUACAAACAACAAUGUAUAUUAAGAAAUGGGGUUCCUAAUGGUAGAGAGGGCAAUGUCCUUUUAAAUAAUGUUAAGAGUUUUAAUUUUUAGUUCAAUCACAAUGUCAAAUUUGUUCAUUAUUAUGCCAAGAAGAGAAGCUGAAUGAGUUAUAUGGUAUGGAACAUCAAAGGAUAAAUAUUCAACAAACUCCCAUUUUCAGCUCUUGGCCAACUACAGUUACAUGUCUAAGAGUUCCUGUUAAUGUUUGAAGUUAUUUUUAAUCAUUAAUUGUUAAUGUUAUUAUAGAAGUUUCCUCAUGCACGAAAGAAAAUAAAACA